AUGUCGUCUGAGCUCAAGCCUAUCAAGCUCUAUGGCUCUCACGGCCCCAAUCCACCUAAAGUCGGCAUCAUGUUAGAAGAGCUCGGCCUUCCUUAUGACAUUGUUGACGUCCCCUUCGAAGAUGUCAAGAAGCCAGAAUAUACUGCACUCAAUCCCAACGGUCGACUGCCCACCAUCCAAGAUCCCAAUAAUGGCGACUUGACCAUUUGGGAGACAGGUGCCAUCAUCGAGUAUCUUGUUGAGAAAUACGACCCUGAGUAUAAGCUAAGCUUUGCUCCGGGCACUCCGGAGUACUACCAUGGCAAACAGUGGCUUUUCUUCCAGGUCUCCGGCCAGGGACCGUACUUUGGUCAAUACGCCUGGUUCAAGAAGUUCCAUCCCGAGAAAAUCCCAAGCGCCUGGGAGCGCUACAUCACAGAAAUGAGGCGCGUCAGUGGCGUGCUGGAAGGCUGGUUGACGCAGCAGAAGGAGAAGCACAGUGGCGGUGACGGACCUUGGCUUGUCGGAAACAAAAUCUCCUAUGCGGACAUUUCCUUCCUGACGUGGUAUGCAGUUAUACCCUUGGUGAUGAGCAAGGAAGAGUUUCAGAUGUCUGAAUUCCCUGUCAUGUAUGACUGGGUCAAGAGAAUGGUCUCGCGCGAACCAAUCAAGACUGGUCUCAAGAAGAUGAACUUUUUGACCGACAAUAUCUGA